UUCAGCUCGUGUUGGGAAUUUCCAACGGCGUCUUGAAUGAACCGAAAGAGUCGCAUUAAACAGCACUUUUUAUUUGAUUGUAAUUCAACAAUUAGUGGUAUCUCGUGCGAAACCGAAUCCGAAACUGAAACCGAAUUAAAGCAUGCAAUAUAAAUUGUUGGCAAAUGACUCAUGUAUUUUAACUAUAGGUCAUCCGAGCAUUGUUGUUAUUAUUUCCCAUUAUUGGUAGUAUGAUAAGAAGACAUUUUGGCAAUUAUACCCACCUCUCGGGUCCUUGUGAUUCAACGAGAAAAAAACCCGUUUAGGUGCGCGCCACUAAAGACAAGGGUCUCAUCCAUAUAAAAGACGCACUUGAGCCGAUCAAAUUAAACAGUUGCACUGCAAGCAUCAUCAUCACAGCAUCACCGCUUUUAGAGAACAAAAUCCCAAUUCCCAUCACCAUGUACAAAUAUCUGUUCUGCCUGGCUCUCAUCGGCUGCGCCUGCGCCGACAAUAUCAACAAGGAUGCCCAGAUCCGUAGCUUCCAAAACGACGCCACUGAUGCCGAGGGCAACUACCAGUACGCCUACGAGACUAGCAAUGGCAUCCAGUUCCAGGAGGCGGGCAACCCCAACGGAGCACGAGGUGCUGUGGCCUACGUGUCGCCCGAGGGCGAGCACAUCUCGCUGACCUACACCGCUGACGAGGAGGGCUACCAUCCAGUGGGUGACCAUCUGCCCACUCCGCCCCCAGUGCCGGCUUACGUGCUCCGUGCCCUGGAAUACAUCCGCACACAUCCCCCGGCGCCCGCCCAGAAGGAGCAGUAACCUGGAGCAGCACCAGCACUCCGAAGCAGAAACCCCACAUUAAA